AUGUCUGCCCCCGGUCUAACCAAGAUGUCUGCCCCCGGUCUAACCAAGAUGUCUGCCCCCUGUCUAACCAAGAUGUCUGCCCCCGGUCUAACCAAGAUGUCUGCCCCCGGUCUCUCCAAGAUGUCUGCCUCCGGUCUAACCAAGAUGUCUGCCCCCUGCGUCUCCAAGAUGUCUGCCCCCUGUCUAACCAAGAUGUCUGCCCCCGGUCUAACCAAGAUGUCUGCCCCCGGUCUCUCCAAGAUGUCUGCCUCCGGUCUAACCAAGAUGUCUGCCCCCUGUGUCUCCAAGAUGUCUGCCCCCGGUCUAACCAAGAUGUCUGCCCCCGGUCUCUCCAAGAUGUCUGCCUCCGGUCUAACCAAGAUGUCUGCCCCCUGUGUCUCCAAGAUGUCUGCCCCCUGUGUCUCCAAGAUGUCUGCCUCCGGUCUAACCAAGAUGUCUGCCCCCUGUGUCUCCAAGAUGUCUGCCCCCUGUGUCUCCAAGAUGUCUGCCCCCUGUGUCUCCAAGAUGUCUGCCCCCUGUGUCUCCAAGAUGUCUGCCCCCGGUCAAACCAAGAUGUCUGCCCCCGGUCUAACCAAGAUAUCUGAUGUUUUCCAGCACUGA